CUCGUAUAAGCUGACCAAAUAAGAGUCCACUCUUUCUCUCUCUAGAAAAAAAAAGUUUUUUCUCUCUCUAGAAAUUUUCGUCUCUGUUCUUAUUUUACUUUGUUGGAAACUAAGAGAGAGCCCUCAAAUUUAUACAUUUCUUUCCCUUCUUUUUUAGCCUUUUGAAUUGAAAUUUCUUCUUGUUUAAGCCUUUAUUAUUUCUUUCCUUUUCUCCCUGUGUAGUUUCAGAUCUCCCAGACUCUCUCUCUCUCAUCUCUUGUAGACGGUUCGUUUGCAGAGUUAACAUCUUAUCUCUCUCUCUCUCUCUCUCUCUCAUGGCCGGUCGAUUCGAUCGUAACCCCUUUGCUGAGGAAGAAGAAGUCAAUCCCUUUUCCAAUCCUGGAAGUGUUGCUCCUGCCACAAACUCAAGGCUUUCUCCUCUUCCUCCUGAACCAGCGGACUUCAAUAAUUAUGGGUUUGGUGCAACGGUUGAUAUACCUAUUGAUUCAACUACGGACUUGAAAAAAAAAGAAAGGGAACUCCAAGCUAAGGAAGCUGAAUUGAAAAGGCGUGAGCAGGAAGUAAAACGGAAAGAAGAUGCUGCAGCACGGGCUGGAAUUGUUCUUGAGGAGAAAAAUUGGCCACCUUUCUUCCCAAUUAUUCAUCACGAUAUUGCAAAUGAAAUACCAAUUCAUUUACAAAAACUGCAGUAUGUUGCAUUCUGUACAUGGUUAGGACUGAUUCUUUGCCUUUUGUGGAAUAUCAUAGCUGUUACAACAGCAUGGAUUAAAGGGGAAGGGGUGAAAAUCUGGUUCCUUGCUAUCAUCUACUUCAUAUCAGGGGUUCCAGGAUCCUAUGUGUUGUGGUACCGUCCACUGUAUCGUGCUUUUAGGACUGAAAGUGCAAUGAAGUUUGGAUGGUUUUUCAUGCUUUAUCUGCUCCACAUUGGCUUUUGCAUCUUUGCUGCGGUUGCUCCUCCUAUAAUUUUCAAGGGAAAAUCUCUCACUGGCAUUCUGCCUGCAGUGGAUGUUUUAGGCGACCAUGCCUUAGUUGGGAUCUUUUACUUCAUCGGUUUUGCAUUGUUCUGUCUCGAAUCAGUUCUCAGCGUCUGGGUCAUUCAGCAAGUAUACAUGUACUUCCGAGGCAGUGGUAAAGCCGCUGAGAUGAAGCGGGAUGCAGCAAGAGGAGCAAUGAGGGCAGCACUAUAAGGCUACCGCACUUGAGUGGGGAAGAAAAGACUGAUUUUGUGUAUGGAUUUAGGUUGUAUAUGCCCUUAGCCACAGGAAUUGCAGAUAGAAAUAUUUGCUUGUCCCUUUGCUUUUGUAACACCUAUUUGGUUACUCUUUUUUUUUUUUUUUUUUUUUUUGGGGGGGGGGGGGGGGGGGGUGUCAAUUAGUUUGGUUGCUAAUUUGAGUGCUACUUUUAUCUUUUGUUAAUAUCCUUUUUUCUAUGGGAGAAACAAAAAUUACUGUCUUGCAUUUUGAAUGGUGUUUGUGUAGAGUUAUUGUCUGAGUAGUGAUUUCCUAGUAUGAUAUUUUUGUGAUUAGAUUAUGGUGUUGCUUCUGUUAUCCCUUAAAUCCAGUUACGGGGAGUCAAUGAUAAAAACUGAGGUUAUAGUAGCAAAAUUUUGAGUAAAAUUUGAAAUAUUAAUGGUAAGUGGGAUGCCAAACAAUUUGAGUAAA